AUGUCAACGUACAUAGAGUCUGUGACUAAAAAACUGUCUGAAAACUUUAGUGAUGUGCUAAACGCCGGCGCCAUUCUUAUAACAUUCUUCGAAACGUGUUUGUUUCCUUUAGCUAUCUAUAAAUUGAUAGUAGUUGUGACUAAGUAUGGCAGGGUGUUUACUUGGUGGAGACGGACUGAUGAAUCGAAGAAGGCGGUUAAAUCUCAGUUGAAGUAUAAAAUACAGUUGUUAACUGUUGAGAAGUAUGUUCUUCCAGACUGUAAGAGGGUUGAACAGAUUUCUCAUGUUAGUGUGAUAAUCGAGGAGGGGAAUGUUCAGUUAAGUUAUUGUGGACAAGACUGCAGAAAAAUACCUCCAGCUUUACAGAAGAUGUAUGGAGCCAAAGUAAAAUGUUUAGACCUAAGUUACAAUUGUAUCGAGACAUUGAAAGGUUUGGAACAGUUCAGUCGAUUGGAGGAACUUAUAUUAGACAACAAUAAGCUGGGAGACGCUGUAUCGUUCCCGUACUUAUCCAAUUUAAAGACUCUGUCGCUCAACAACAAUGAGAUAAUGGAUCUAGAAGAGCUAGUAAACAAGAUAAGCAAACACUUCCCAGCGCUGACCUACUUGAGCCUACUGAGCAACAAGGCGUGUCCUAACCAACUGUCAGAUGUUGACAAAGACGAUUCAGACUACCAAAGAUACAGAUAUUUCGUAAUAUACAUGCUACCGAACUUGCGGUUUCUGGAUUCCCGUCGGGUUUCGUCAGCGGAGAGGAAGGAGGCAGCGACGCGCGGCGAGUUUAUGCGCGUGAGGAGGCCGCCGACACAUGAGUACACUACUCCAUUCACACCUUCUUCGUUGCAACCUAAACCUGCAUUGCGACCCUUGCCUUUGGACUUAGGUUCAUUAGGCAAACAUAGAGGUGCCUACGGUAAAUGCAGUUACAAGUACACAGGCAAGCAUUCUGAGGGUAACAGGUUCAUAUUGAACAGUGACUUAUAA